UUUUUUUUUAUUUUUUAUUUUUCUUUUAUUUGGCUAUGCCUAAAGCAACGAGAUCAAGAAGCCUAAAGAAGGCAGACACACCUUUACGUCAAAGAAAGUUUGCAGUCUCUGAGAAACAAGUUCUUGAACGUAUCGUCACUGAAGAAGAACAAAUUUCGACUGUCCCUGCUCAUGCUCAAGAGACACUUAAAAAAGACGAAAAAAAGAAAAAGAGACAUGAAGAAUGGCUUCAGAAACUCGAUCGAUCUUAUGUUGCAAAAAAGAAGAUGCAAAAGAAGCAAGACAAAAAGACCAACUUGAAUGUUGAUCUAGGCGGUAUUGGUGACAUCUUGAAUGACAUUCAAGUCAAACCCAAAUCAGAAUUUGCCAGUCAAGCAACGCAUGAAAAGAAACUAGAGAACAAGCAACCUGCUAUUCCUUCUAACAAGAUCAAGUCAAAGAAAGCAAAGAAACAAGCAGAACUUCAAGAAAUGCUUCGUAUGCAAAAAGUAAUGCAACAUGGAGCCUUUAAGCAAAACCCACUCGACACUAUUCGUCAACAUGUACAAAAUACCUUUUCUUAAUUUAGUCAUUUAUGCGUUACACUUGCCUUUUAUAAAAAGUUUUCGCUUGUUGUGUAGAUUUUUACAUAAACACCUUUUCUUUUUCUUUUCUCUUUGUCGUUAUGAACUAUCCUAUAGAACAAGAAAGGAUUCGUAUACAGAGCAAUGUAGAUCAUUAUAAUAGAUCUAGUAGAUUAAGAGCCUAUUGCUGUGGGUGUAUUUAUACGGAAUCUAACUCGAUCUUGAUUUGCUUUUUGUGGGCUGUAAGGACAUAUAGACAUGACUAUCUUUGAUUAAUACUUUACUUU